GAGAGAAAACAGAGCAACAAACAGAAUUUGAAAAGACGGACGAAGCUGUUCCGAGAAACAGAGAGAAGAAGGUGGGAGAAAAAUAUGGAAGAAGUGGUGUUAUUGGUUGAUGAUUUGAAAUUACUUUCCGGGAUUCCCCGCUGCAGAAUAUGUCAUGAAGAAGAAUUUGAGAGCUCCGAAAGUCUUGAAGCUCCUUGUGCUUGUUCUGGCACCGUUAAGUUUGCUCACAGAGAUUGCAUACAGAGAUGGUGCAACGAGAAAGGAAACACCACUUGUGAAAUAUGUCUUCGGCAAUAUGAGCCGGGAUAUACAAUACCUCCAAAGAAAUCUCAGGCAAAUGAUGCGGCUAUGACGAUCAGAGAUAGCCUGCAAAUUCCAAGGGACGAAGAACCGUUAAGCGCAAGAUUAGAGGGCAGUGCUGAAGAAGUCACAACAGAGGAAGAUUACUCCGAGUGCACGUCUACUGCUGAUAGAAGUGCAUCUUGCUGCCGAUCACUGGCUUUAUCUUUUACACUCAUUUUGCUUGUGAGACAUCUUUUCGUAGUGCUUACAAGUACAAAGGAAGAUUACCCAUUUUCACUUCUUACGGUCUUUAUACUAAAAGCAAGCGGGAUCAUUCUACCCAUGUACAUAAUUAUGAGGGCGAUAGGAGGCAUCUAUGGCAGUAUUCAACGUCACUACCAGUACCAGGAUUCUGACGACGACACAUCAAUAUCCGACAGUGAAGAUGAUGAGAGUGAAAUGAUGCACGAUACGAUCGUUCCACAUCAAUAAGUGGGUCAUUCUCUUUCAUUUGUGCUCCAGCAUUGUGCUAAUGCUCCUGUUGCUACAUUCUUCCAUUGUUUUGGGCAUAAUUUUAAUAAAUUCAACGUUGAAAUUAAUAUUCAAA